AUGUGUGUCCCAUUUUCCUCAGAUGCUCCUAAAGAUACCUCAGCAUCCAUCAGUCCAUCAGGUUUGGUGUCAGCAGGUAGCUGGGUGGAGCUGAGCUGCUCCAGCAGAGCCAAGCCUCCUGCCAGCUUCAACUGGUUCAGGAACAGCAAACAUGGAGCCAUUAAUGUAUCUGUGGGGCAGGUUUACAGCUUCAAUGUUACUGAGGGAGAAGAGUAUUACUGUGAGGCUACAAAUGAUCUGGGGAAUCAGAGAUCAGCAGUGAUUCUACUUAAUACUGAAGCAAAAAGUUAUCUUUUCUUGGUCACAGUUGUAGUUGGAGUCUUUUUGUUCGUCUGUCUGGUUCUUUCUGUCUGGUUCUUGACGACCAAAUGUCCAACUCCAGAUCAGACCCAGAGUCAAAUAUAUCAGGUGGUUUCUGAUCAAAUUGAAGCCAAUGAAACAGAGGAAGAACUUCAUUAUGAAGACAUAGCUGUCCUCCAGAGGCGGCCUGAAGCUUCCUCUGUCUCAGUGCAGGACGAUGGACAGCAGGAGACAGAGUACGCUCAGGUUAAAGUGUCUACUGACCAUCCAGAGGAUCUCUAUGCACAAGUGAAAAAGCAAUAAUUUCUGUCUCUGAUGUGGAAUUAAAUUAAGGAUUUUAACUAUGGAAAUCUUAUGAAUACUUGUUAAGUUUCUUGUCACACUUUAAUGACAGGAAAAUCUCAAACCUCUUAGAUAUUCAUCCCUUAUGAUUAUCAUCCUCAGAUUUACAGUUUAUCCACAACUUAGAAUAGCUUGAUGGAUAAUAAAAAAUGAUGCAUGAUCAUGUUAUUUUAUUUCAGCUCUUGAUGCUUUGUAAAGUUAAACUGAUCUUAACUUAGCAUGUUUCAUAUGAAGAUGAAGUUAUACCUUAUUGUGGUUGGUGGUAGAGAUUCACUGACCAGGACAGUGUUUCAGAUUUCUUUGCAUUUGUAAAGCUUUGAGGUUACUGCAGCAAUUUUAGUUCAGUAUGAUUUCUCUUUAAUACUUUCUUUUUAUAUUAUUUCAACUCGGAGUACAUUUAAUGUCAACAUUUUCUCUAAUCCUUGGACAAUUAGAUGUAUUUUCUUAAUAAGAAUUUCAUAUAUAAUAGAAAUGCUGAAAUAUAAUACAUUUAUUUGACUUUUUAUGAUUAUCUUGUCAUUUUAUUACUUUUUUUCUCUACUUAUGGGUCUGUUCUCUGUUUGUUCAUAAG